CAUCGCACAGUGAGCUGCUAUUUUGAAGGCCAUUUCUUGAGCUCAGAUCAUAUUUUGCUUACAAAAUAUGGCUUGAAAGAUGGAUUGGCUUUACAGUAAAACGCUCGGGUCCAUUGGCUCAUGCUGUAUAGACACUUUCCCCUGGCCGUUCCAUUCCUUUUUUCAGAGAAACCUUCUGGCCCUACCAGGAGAGCCAGGAAAUCCACUGGAGCCCAGUGCGACUGAAAAUGGGAAACAGAGCCGUUCUUGCCGGUCAACCAGCCCAGUGAUGGAAGAAGAAGGGUGUGACCACAGCCUCCAGAAGAAUCCCACAAGGCAGUUGCCCCUGGACCCUGGACAAGAAUUGACAAAAGAUCUGAAGGAGAAAAAACUCACCCCAAAGAGACUGCAGCUCCUUCUGGUGGGGAAGACAGGAAGUGGGAAAAGUGCAACAGGAAACAGCAUCCUUGGCAGGCAAGUAUUUGAGUCCAAAAUCAGCGCUCGACCAGUGACCAUGACAUUCCAGAAAGGCAGCAGAGAGUUGGAGGGGAAGGAACUUGAGGUGAUCGACACCCCAGAUAUUUUGUCACCUCAGAACCAGCCUGAGGCAACAGCUAAGAAGAUCUGUGACAUCUUGGCCUCACCAGGGCCUCAUGCAGUGCUCCUGGUGAUACAGGUAGGCCGGUACACCUCGGAGGAUCAGGAGGCUGCCAGGUGCCUCCAGGAGAUCUUUGGAAACGGGAUCCUGGCUUACACUAUUCUGGUGUUCACCCGGAAGGAAGAACUGGCCGAGGGCUCUUUAGAAGAAUAUAUUAAAGAGAACAAUAAUAAGACCCUGGAUGCUCUGGAUGUUGCAUGUGAGAGACGCCAUUGUGGCUUCAACAACAGGGCACAAGGGGAUGAGCAGGAGGCCCAGUUGCAGAAACUUAUGGAGGAAAUUGAGUCGAUCUUGUGGGAAAAUGAGGGCCAUUGUUACACCAUGGAACUUCCAAAUGUCUCCAGCAAAACCCUUUAACCCAAUAGCAAGGCUCUGAGGAGACCACCCUUAAAGAGUCCUGACUAGAAAGGCUGUCCCAGAUUCAGAUGGCCUCUGAGAAGACCUGUAGGUACUGAUGCAGAGGGCAUUCAGAUGAGUCCAAGGUGGCCAUAAGCAGGAGUGUCUUAGUCAGUGUUCUAUUGCUAUGAAGAAACACCAUGACCAUGGCAACUCUUACAAAAGAAAGCAUUUUACUGGGCCUUGCUUACAGUGCAGGGGUUUAGCCCAUUAUCAUCAUGGCCUAAAGCAUAGCAGGGCAGGCAGGCAGACAUGGUGCUAGGAAGGUAGCUGCAAGUUCUGCUGUCUAGAUACACGAGCAGCAGGAAAGAGAGACUCUGGGCUUGGAAAGGGCUUUUCAAACCUCAAUACUGUCCCCCCCACCCUCCCGCAGUGACACAGUUCAACAAGGCCACGCCUCCUAAUCCUUUCAAAUAGUGCCACUCCCUGGGGACUGAGGAUUCGAAUCUAUGAGCCUACGAGGGCCAUUCUCAUUCAAACCACCACAAGGAGACUUUACCAGUAGCUGUACCCUAUGUCCAGCCUGUCACCUGUUCCCUCUGUCUCCACAGAGGACUUUGCAGUCCUUGGGCCAGAGGGCCCAGCUACAUUCUGUGUCCAGCUACAUAGCUUCUUUCUGAACACAUAGGCCCUCCUUUACCUCAGUCAUCAGCACAGUGCCCUCAUAAAUCGUGUCCCACUGACACCACAUUUUUAUAUCCUGUGUCUGUUCUUGGGUAUAAUCAAAGCUUCUUGACAGCAGGACUAGUUCUUUCUCUUGUGUAAACUGCACAGCUGCCUAGCCAAUGUAGUCAGAGUUGAUGCAACCCAGGGGUAGCCAUGGACCAGAUAGUUGUACAUUUCUUGGGCUUCCUCCUUAUCCAUAAAGAGGGACAGGCACUGUGAUUCUUAAGAUGCCUGCCCUGUGUAGUGGGUAGAAAAUGACAAUGAGACAGAAUAGAAAGGCCCAGACCUCCAGUUAGGGUUUUCCCCCGCGAUGUAAAGUAUUUUAAUAGGUUGUAUUCUAUAACCAUGUUCUAACCACUGACUUACUUCUAAGCUCUUGAGAGACUUUGCUGCAAUGACCACAUGUGUACAAUGACUAAUUCUGAACUGUAUAUGUCUUCCUGGAGAGGAGCAGGGGGUAGUGCCUUCUCCCUCCUUUGUGAGCUAAGUACAGAUGGAUGUAUAGGAGCAGACCACCAAGCACAUGCAAUCAUUGAGACAGAGUCAAAGAUAGACAGGACCUGGCAGAGAGUCUGAGGAGGCAAAUAUGAGAGAGUCAACCCAGACCCAUCAUCUUUGUGCUGUCUCCCCUGUGCUCCACCAUAAGACCCCAAUAAAACCUUCAUGUUCCAUUGGUA